AUGGGGCUUGCCCGUCAGUGUUUUGUCGGCCAUAGUGCUCACGGCACGCGGGUGACGGCCGUUAGGGCGCACGGGCCGUCCCGACCAGGUGAAAACGGAUCCGGCCCUCACUCUGUCUCCCUCGCGCUCACUCACUGUCACUCUCCCCUCUCACUCUCACUUUUCCCCCUCGCUCUGUUUUCCGUGGCUGAGCUCUCCAUCGUCGUCGACCACCUCAGUUCCUCGUCGCCGGCCAGGAUGCCUUCUUGGAAUGAUGGGGAUGAGAGCUCCGACGACAGCAUGGGGGGCAACCGGAUGGACAUGGAGUACUUUGACACACCUGACACCAUCCCUGAGCCACUCUGGUGUGGUGCUCCCAUGGAGGAAGUUUCCAAGUGUACUCUGCACGAUAUGAAGCCUAGGAAGUGUGUUGCUUUUGAAGGUGCUAACACUGGGAGGAGGUUCUAUGGAUGCCCUGUUCAUGUGAGUAAUUGAGUAUGCUGGGUGGAUUCAGUUAUGCCUAGUGGAUUCAGUUAUGCCUAGUGGAUUCACUUAU